AUUUUGCAAUACACAGGAAGAAGGAAGUGAGGUCUGAGGUGGUGGUCUGGAGUCGAGACACACUUAACGCAUUAGAAGUGUACUGAAAUAAAUAUAGGCAACACAGCACAACACAUGAAUACAGCCAACCUGUUGAUGAAAAAGACAGAAAGGGAGUGACUGAGGAGUGAGAAUGGCAAAGAAUAAAGGUGAAGCACGGAAGUUUGACCCUACCUUCAAAGGACCCAUCCACAACAGGGGCUGCACAGAUGUGUUCUGCUGUAUUCUCUUCAUCUUGGCCAUACUGGGAUACUUUGCUGUGGGGAUCCUGGCCUGGUCUCAGGGGGACCCCAGGAAGGUUAUCUACCCGACUGACAGCAGAGGACAGUUCUGUGGCCAGGCCGGGACCCCCCUGGAGAAGAAACCUCUCCUGUUCUACUUCAACAUCCUGAAGUGUGCCAGUCCCCUGACCCUGCUGGAGUUCCAGUGCCCCACCACUCAGUUAUGUGUGGAAAGCUGUCCUACCAAACACAUGACGUUGUUGAAAGCCUACCUGAACAAAGGAGAGCAGGAGUACUACAAGCAGUUCUGCAAGGAAGGAGUGGACUUCUCCAAAAUGAGUGCUCCCGAGAUCCUGAGGGAUGGCCUGUGUCCUUCCAUGCUCAUGUCCAGCAAACCAUUCACUCGUCGGUGCCUUCCAGCUCUCAGUACCAUGAAAGGUGGUGUGGUUGUCGUUGGCAAUGAGACUAUUUUUGACAACGGGGAGGGAGAGAAGGUGAACGCCACUGAUUUUCUGGACGCUUCAAAGAAGUCCAAUGUGGUUGUUGAGGCUCGCCAGGUAGCCAUGAGGAUCUUUGAGGACUACACUGUAUCCUGGUACUGGAUACUGAUUGGUCUGGUGAUAGCCAUGGUGGUCAGUCUCAUCUUCAUCGUCCUCCUGCGCUACCUGGCCGGGAUCAUGAUCUGGGUCAUGAUCGUCAUGGUGAUACUGGUCAUCGGAUAUGGGAUCUUCCAUUGUGCCAUGGAGUACCGCAGCCUGAAGGGAGAGCCGGGUUCUGACGUCACUAUCCGUGAUCUGGGACUGCAGACAGACUUCUCUGUUUACCUGCAGAUCAGACAGACCUGGCUGGCUUUCAUGAUCAUCCUGUCCAUCGUGGAGGUGGUUGUCAUCCUGCUGCUCAUCUUCCUCAGGAAGAGAGUCCUCAUCGCCAUCGCCCUCAUCAAGGAGGCCAGCAGGGCUGUUGGCCAUGUGAUGUCAUCACUGUUCUACCCUCUGUUGACCUUUGCCCUGCUGGCCCUGGUCAUAGCCUACUGGGCCAUCACCGCUGUCUUCCUGUCCACCUCCAAUGAGCAGGUGUACAAAGUGUUCAACACCACUGAGUGUAAUUACUCCAGAGACACCUGCAAUCCCGAGACGUUCAACACCACCAACAUCACAGCCCGGUGCCCGGACGCCGAGUGCCUGUUUGCCUUCUACGGAGGCGAGACCUACUACCAUAAAUACCUCAUCCUGUUCCAGUUCUACAACGUGUUCCUCUUCUUCUGGUGUGCUAACUUUGUAACGGCGCUGGGUCAGGUGACCCUGGCUGGGGCCUUCGCAUCCUACUACUGGGCCUUCAAGAAGCCCGACGACAUCCCAGCCAACCCCAUCUGCUCCUCACUUGGUCGAGCCCUCAGAUACCAUACAGGCUCCCUUGCCUUCGGUUCCCUCAUCCUGUCUCUGGUUCAGGUCAUCAGGGUUCUGCUGGAGUACCUGGACCAGAAGCUGAAAGCUGCCCAGAAUCGCUUUGCCAAGUUCCUGCUCAGCUGCCUGAAGUGCUGCUUCUGGUGCCUGGAGAAAUUCAUCAAGUUCCUCAAUAGAAAUGCCUACAUCAUGGUGGCAAUAUAUGGUAAAAGCUUCUGUACCUCAGCCAGAGAUGCCUUCUUCCUCCUCAUGAGAAAUAUAAUCAGGGUGGCUGUCUUAGACAAGGUGACUGACUUCCUAUUGUUUUUGGGGAAGCUCCUCAUCGUUGGAAUUGUGGGAAUCUGUUCUUUCUUCUUCUUCUCUGGGAGGAUUAAGGCUGUGGAGCAGACUGCCCCCUCUCUCAACUACUACUGGGUUCCCAUUCUGACGGUGGUGGUGGGAUCCUACCUGAUUGCCCAUGGAUUCUUCAGUGUGUACGCUAUGUGUGUGGACACACUCUUCCUCUGCUUCUGCGAAGACCUGGAGAGAAACGACGGCUCUCCAGAAAGGCCGUACUUCAUGUCUCCGGAGCUUCACGAGAUUCUCUCCAAAACCAAAAUGGCGGAGGAAGAGGACAACAAAGAUGGUACGGAACAGCCAGACGCUGACCCAAGUGAACCUACACUGAUGGACGAAGUUCGCCUGGAGGAGGAAGUACCGCUGAAAGAACAAGAUGGAGAGAUACAACUGAAACGCCAAGAUGUGUUCAUGCAGGCCAACGAAGAGGAGCAACCUCUGAAGGAGAAGACCGAAGAGGCGGAAGUGGAAGAAACACAAGAGGAGAAAUCUGAAGUGAAGGAGGAGGAGGAAGAGAAGGGACCAGAAAAGAAGAGACCAGAAGAGGAGGAAGAAGUGGAAGAAAAGGGAUCAAAGGAUCACCAGCCGACAGAACCUAAAAAGGAAGAGAUAGAGGAAAAGAAACCUUAAGAGGCGGAGCCUAAAGACCAUCCUUCUACACCCCAGGAGUAGUGGUUUACGUUGUCAUGGAGACGUGAAGCUUGGUAAACCUCAUAACUAGGUCAGGAAAUGCUCCUGGCCCUCCUCAUAUAACAUGUGCCGUAUGGAGCCAGUAUACACUACCUGUUACUAACGACGUAAUAUGUAAUUCUAUGCUAAUAUGUAACUCUAUGCUAACGACUGUGUGAUUUGAACCAGUUAAAUGUAUGACCAGCUUUUAAAUGCAAGACUUUUCACAGUGCUAAUGUAUUGUAUUCACACAUAGGGUUGUUUUAACAUAAAGGUAGAUGGUUUUAACAAGGUCCUGUGGUUGUAAAAGGCUGAUCAAAAACCCAGUGCAUCUCUGUAGCUUGAAAAUAUGUUUAUUUAUUGAUUAUUCAUUUAUUGUGUUGGUUUGGUUUUAGACUGUGAUGUUUUUUUUAUCGUGAGGAUCUGUAGAUCUGUGAGUGCUGAACCUGUGCCUGACUACUACAAUUGUUAUUAUGAAUAUUUAAUUGUCUUAAUAUCAUGAAGUAAUGAGUAAUGAAUGCACUAUGAAUUCACUAUUACAAUGUUUACAGUCAAUCAAAACAAAACUUCAACUAACGGUGAAAAUGAACAAUGUUUACAUUGAUACCAGCUGACACCAAAUGGUAAAUCCUUUGAUAUCCUUUGAUAUGAAAAUGUGAUUUCCAAUGGAAUCAAUGUGUAUGUACAGUACGUAUUUAUUAAUAGGUAUGCUUAUUAUGUCUUAUUACAUCUGUGUGUAAUUAUUUAUUUAGCUUAUUAAGUUCUGUAUCAAUUAUAUAGAUGAUCCCUCCAGCCAAGAACACGUUUUUGGACUCAAUGUAUUGUAGGGAAAUUCCACAAACUACUUGCCUUGGAAUUUCGGACUGGCUUAACUGCUGUGAUUGUGUUGCUGUGAUGCAAUCGUUUUAACCUCUCAGAUCUAGGUCGUAUUAACCACAGGAGGUUGGUGGCACCUUAAUUGGGGAGGACAGGCUCUUGGUAAAUAGCUGGAGCGGAAUCAGUGGAAUGGUAUCAAAUACAUCAAAAACAUUGUUUCCAUGUGUUUGAUGCCAUUCCAUUUACUCCAUUCCGGCCUCAUUAUGAGGCGUACCUGAACUUGUUUUUGUUUUCCGUUGCAAAAUGUUUUUAAACGUUUUCCGCUGCAUGGCCUAAUGAAUACGACCCUGCAAGCCCUGUUCAAUGUUUACUGACCCUAUUUGCCUUUGUUUUCUUCUUUCUCUCGAUCUGUCUCUCUCUCUCUCUCUCUCUCUCUUUCCUAUCUCUGUGCUGCAUGGUAUUUCAGUAACAUUGCCUUUGAGUGCUUUAUCAAAACUAACCUUGCAACCUUCUGUCAAUGUUUUCUAUCUGUUUCUGUCAGUGUGUGUCACAUUGUAACCAUGUUAGCUGAUGUAGUAUUUCACUUAUAUAUGAUACAUUCCACUCAGUUUGCUUCUGUUGGAUGCAGCUGUUGAUUAAAGUUUGUUGUAUGGAUCAA